AUGUUCAAAAUCUUCUUACUCGCUUGUGUGUUGGCACUGGUGGCAGCUGAUCCCAAGCCCAAGGCUGGCGUGUUCUACAGCGCAUACACAGCGCCCGUGGCAGCAGCUUACACCGCGCCCGUUGCAGCUGCCUACACAGCGCAGCUCGCCUACUCCGCGUACUCUGCUCCAAUCGCCUCAUACUCCGCUUAUCCCUAUGCCUCCCCUUACUCUACUUACCUGCUACGUUGA